AUGUCUGUAUCAAUUGAUCCUGAAUUCGUGGCGGCUCUCGAACCUCUGAUGCCUCGUCUCGGAGAAGCUCCCACCUUCCCCGCGGGGGACGCGCUGAGUCGGCGCCGCGAGAUCAACCGGCGUUGGGCGGUUGGGAUGGAGACGUGGCCGGCCAUCCACGACGUCCAACACUCGCUACACACGGCGACGACGAAAACGAAAUCUGAAUCGCGCGACGACGGGACUGAGAUUUCCAUCUCUAUCCACCGCUACGUGAAGCAGGGGGCCAGCCCCUCCAAGUCUGCGGUGGUUUACACGCACGGAGGAGGAUAUUUCUGUCUCAACGUGCCCUUGUACCACCGCGUGAUGGAAACGUACGCGUCGCAGUCGGGCGUGCAGUUCUUCGCGGUGGAAUAUCGAUCCCCGCCCGAGCAUCCGUUCCCGGCCCCGGUCGAGGACUCGUACGCGGCGCUCCUGUGGCUGCAGCAGCACGCGGCGGAAUUCGGAGUCGAUCCGGCGCGCAUCGCCAUCAUGGGCGACAGCGCCGGCGGAGGCAUCGCGGCCGGGGUGGCCAUCCUCGCGCGCGACCGACAAUUGCAGCCUCCGCUGGCCAAGCAACUCAUCCUCGGCGGCAUGCUCGACGACCGCAACACCUCGCGCUGGGAUGCCCUCGCCCCGUUCGCGAGCUGGACUCCCGACGACAACCUGACCGGCUGGUGGGCGUACCUCGGUCGGGAUCGAGCGGCGGCCAAAGACAACGACGCCGUCUCCCCCUACGCGGCGGCGGCGCGCGUCGAAACUGUCGCUGGCCUGGCCCCGCUGUACCUCGACGUCCCGGGUCUGGAUAUCUUCCGCGACGAGAACCUGGCUUACGCCGCGAGGUUUGCCGCGGCAAAUAUCAACUGUGAAAUCCAUCUCUAUCCGUCGCUGCCUCAUUCUUUCGAGACCUUCGCCCCGCGCAUUCAGACCGCCCAAGUUGCCAUCGCAAACCGCGUCAGGGCCGUGCGCAUGUUGGAGGCGUGA